UUUGCGUUCCUGAGUCUUAUCUUCUUUGCAGGUACGAUUCUCAUGAUCCCUUCUAUAUAUAAAGAACGUGCGGUUCGGGUUUUGUAUAUACAUCUAUCCAUAUAUGAGAGUUUGCAUGUGUGUGGUUACAGUUGAGAAAAUGGCUAGAACCCUAAGCAGUGUUCAUGAUGUCCCAGAUGCAAUCCUUUCCAAUAUAUUUUCCUUGAUCACUGAUAUUCGUAGCCGUAAUUCCAUGUCUCUUGUUUGCGUCAAGUGGCACUUGAUGGAGCGAUCCACUCGCACUUCGCUUACUCUCAGAGGCAAUAUCCGCGACCUGUAUCUUCUCCCAACUUGCUUUCGAGCUAUCACUAAUCUUGAUCUCUCUUUUCUAUCACCUUGGGGCCACCCGAUUUUUGAUUCCUCUUUUAUUAACCCUAAACUUCUUGCUCAGCUUCUUCGUAGGGCUUUUCCAUCUGUUGUGUCUCUCACUCUUUAUGCCAGGAAUCCUUCAGCUCUUCAACUUCUUGCCCCCCAAUGGCCUGGUUUAAGCAAGGUUAAGCUCGUUCGAUGGCACCAGAGAUCACCUACGAAUCCGGGUUCUGAUUUUGUUGCGUUGUUUGAGCAUAGCCAUUCACUUACUUCGCUUGAUCUGUCCUAUUUCUACUGCUGGACAGAAGAUCUGCCGCCAGCCCUCGAAGCGUACCCUUCUACUGCUGCUUCUCUAACCCAUCUUAAUAUCCUUACCCACUCUUCUGCCGAGGGAUUCAAGUCUCAUGAGCUCCUUUCAAUUUCCGUUGCCUGCCCAAAUCUCCGUGAAUUGCUUGCAACUUGUUUAUUUGAUCACAGAUUCAUUGGUUUUGUUGGAGAUGAAACCCUACUGUCUCUUGCUUCAAAUUGUCCUCGCCUUUCCCUUCUUCACCUUGUUGACACUGAUUCCUUAUCUGAUGCAAGGGGAGACCCGGAUGAUGAGGGAUACACUUCUGAGGAUGCUAGAAUCAGCCACACUACGCUUGUAGACAUGUUUGCUGGAUUGCCAUUGCUUGAAGAAUUGGUUCUUGAUGUUUGCCACAAUGUUAAAGAUACUUGGCCAGCAUUGGAAGUGCUUAAUUCCAAGUGCCCAAGACUUAAAUCGUUAAAGUUGGGACAAUUUCAUGGAAUAUGUAAAGGAAUAGAUGCUAGGCCGGAUGGGCUUGCUCUUUGCAGCAGAUUGGAAUCAUUGUCAAUCAAGAACUCUGCUGACUUGACUGAUUCUCGUCUGAUAGCGAUCUCCCUUGGCUGCCCACGACUAGCCAAGUUUGAGGUCCAUGGUUGCCAGAGGAUCACUGAAAUGGGGAUGAAUAAAUUGGCCUCCAUUCUCCAACAAACUUUAAUUGAUGUUAAAAUCUCUUGUUGCAAGUACCUAAAUGCUGUGUGCUCCUUAAGGGCUCUUGAACCAAUUCAAGACAGGAUACAACGCUUGCACAUAGAUUGUGUGUGGGAAAAUGUUGAACAGUUUGAAGGGGAAGCCAGCUUUUCAAGUGAAUCUGCUUACCUGAGGCAUUUCCCAUCAGAAAAGAGAGGUGGUAUAUGGGAAGAAACAAGCUCAAGGAAGAAAAGCAAGUGUUUCGAUGGUGAUGACAAUGAGUACUUUUCUAAUACUUGGGCAAGGCUAGAUUUUCUUUCCCUUUGGAUUCCUGUUGGUGAGCUGCUGAUUCCAUUGACGUUAUCUGGAUUGGAGAAUUGCCCUGUCCUGGAGGAAAUUAAAAUCAAAGUUGAAGGUGAUUGCAGGCAUCGACCAAGGCCAACCAACGCAUUUGGAUUGAGCACUCUUGCUUGCUAUCCUCGGCUUUCGAAGAUGAAUCUGAAUUGCGGAGCUGCAAUAGGGUUUGCUCUGACAGCCCCUUCUGGGCUUGCGGAUUUAAGCCCUUGGGAGAGAUUUUACCUGAAUGGGAUCGGUAACUUGAACCUCACCGAGCUUGAUUAUUGGCCUCCGCAGGACACAGAUGUUAAUCAAAGAAGCCUCACUCUCCCGGCAGCUGGAUUGCUGGCUCAAUGUGGGAGGCUAAGGAAGCUGUUUAUUCAUGGCACAGCCAAUGAACAUUUUAUGAUGUUUCUGUUGAAAAUACCAACUCUCAGGGAUGUCCAGCUUAGGGAAGAUUAUUACCCCGCACCUGAGAAUGAUACGUGCACAGAGAUGAGAAUAGAUUCUUGCUCUCGUUUUGAGGAUGCCUUGAACAGGCGUCGGAUCCCUGACUAGGAAAUUGGGAGAUCUCUCGAUUCUGAGCAGCCUGCAAUUCUUUCUUCGGCGAAUGAGACAAAGAAGCAAGAAUCUUGGUAAUUAAGAUGUUUGUGAAUCUCUCAUAUGUAUCAAUUUUGGACAAAGGGCAAGAAUCUCAUCAUCCAGAUUAGUUUUGUCAUCCCCUUGAGCAUAACAUUCUGGUUUAAUAUUGAAAGUGAUUAAUGUUCCAUAAUAAAAAACAUACAUUGAACACGGAUUGCUGUGAAAAGAAAUUUCGGUAACAAAGAGAUUGGAGAAAUGCAGAGGUAAUCAAAAUCUUGAUUCAGGUCAAGUGACUUGUUGAAGAACACAAUGGCAGAACUAACAAAGAAAGCAAACUGACUGAUUCAGCAGCUUUAUGAUGGAAACAGCUCUCCGAAUCCAGCAAGAUAUAUAAAUUGUAAAAUUGCUUAAAACAUCCAUGGACAUAGAGCAAGAAAAGGCAGAGGAAAAGCAGGAUUUGGACAUAAACAGUACACGUCUUCCCAGAAAACAAAGGCCAAGUUUACUUGGCUUGUCUACAUUGCUCGGUGGAAAGACAGGAAAAUUGCUUUCCUAGUGUAAGUUCUAUUUUCUUGGAUUCUUGUACUGUUUUUAUAGAAUGCACAGAAACCAGGAAUAUGGAUAACCAUUGUAGCUGUAAUGUGGGAUCACCAAGUGGCAUCAUGAGACCUUGAUUUCUAUGGUCCCAUGUUUGUUUA